AGACACAUAAAUUAAACCUGUAUAUUCCUAUAGGUCAUGUAAUACAGUAAAAUGUUUAUUCAACAUUCCAAAAUAUUCAAAUGCGUUCUUGCUUUCGUCAUGUGCUCACAAAUUCCCUCGGGACUUCCCCAGCCAUCGGGGGAAAACCCGGAUCCCCCACAAACAGUUAACGUAGUAGUUAUGGUCCCAUUUGAGGGAGAGUAUUUAUUCAGGCGAGACGUGAUUCAACCUGGAGUAGAAUAUGCGCUAAGGACUUUGAGACGAAACGAUGGACCUUUGACAAGAGACUUGCAAUUCAACGUAACUUACAGGAAUUCUCAAUGCAACCGCAAAGCGGCGCUAGAGGCUGUCGACUUUUACUACGGGCAAUGCGGAACCAGUGACGUCACUAACUCAAUGACGUCACCACUCUUAUUCCUUGGCCCAGUGUGCAACGACGCAACGUCGAUGGUGGCGACUUUUGCCGGGAAAUGGAACGUACCGGUGAUUUCCCCUGGGUCACAUGCAGCGUGGAUAAUCCCAGGCGAGGAAUACCCCAUGUUGACCAGGAUAACCCCGUCGUAUAUCGACUUGGCUUAUUUCAUUCAUAACGUGUUCGUAAUGCUAAACCAUGGGGUGACCUACCCUGUGCAUUUGAUAUAUGAGGACAGAGAGGAAGGAAAGACAACGGAAAGUGAAUGCCACAACCUAAUGCAAGCAGUAUACAGUGUGUUCCACAACGAUGCCGUAGUCCUACAGGUUACCACACGUCACGCAAUAAGUGACGUCACUUUUCAUGCCGAGUCCUUUAUAGCCGAUAUUGGAUAUCCUAACGUUGUGCUAAUGUGCGCUUCGAGCCCCCUAGUGAGAAAAGUUAUGCUGGCAGCUUCAGCACAUGGUGUCGCUGUACCUGGAAGAAACGAGUGGUACGCCAUAGACCUUCAUAACGACUCAUAUUAUGCUGCUGGUGCUUGGAAACAAGGUGACGAGCAAGACCUCAAGGCCAAAAUCGCGUACAGGGCGUUGCAAGUAAUCACUUUCAUUGUGACAAAAACACCAGAGUUUAACAGAUUUUCAACAACUAUACUGAACGAAUACAGAAGCAGAGGUGUAACGCAUUCUGAGACACAGGUAAACGAAUACGUCGAAGGCUUCCAUGACGCAAUAAUGCUAUACGCGAGAGCUCUGAACGCCACAAUGAACCAAGGCUUGGACAUCAGGAACGGAACAUCUGUUUCUGCAAAUAUGAGGAAUAUAACGUUUCAAGGGAUAUCUGGCCCUGUAACGAUUGACUUAUAUGGAGACCGAAAUGGCGACUACAGUAUUAUCGGCAUGAAGAAUAUUGAAACGGGGACGUUUGAGAAAGUUAUAGAUUAUUACGGCGGAUCGCGAAGUCGUUUCACUUUCUACCCAGGGAAGAACAGAGACACAAAGAUCAAGCCGUUCAGAAUGCCUCCAUUUUCAGAACCAGUAAAAGAAGACACAGAUUUCAACCAUAAAGCUCUUGCCGGAGUGUUGGGGACGUUGGCUGGAGUUGUAAUGUGUUGUUUAUUGGUUGGCGGACCUCUAUGUUAUAGAACGAAGUGUUCAUCCAGUCACAACAACGACGGCAUGAGUGUUCCCGGUUUCAACCACAACCAACCUGAUGCCGUACAUAUCCCACUAAGAGAAGACGGUUCGGUUAGCACUUGUAUGUCUGGACUUGAUGACGACAUGAAAGUAUAAAGCUUGCUCUUUAGCGCCAACUGACGGCUGUGGAAAUGAAGUUGUUUGAUAAAACUCUGUAGAUUUAAUUGUUGCACAUUUGAAUGUACUUUAACCUAUUGUUAUGUCAUGAAACACCCCUGUAAUAAUAGAAAUCAUAGAUUUAGAGCUAAAUGACCGUAUGUGCACUCGUUAGUGUUUCUUUAUACCUGAAUAAAGUCUUUGUGAGCCAUCAGUGAAAUGGCAGGCUUCAACAUCUGGUGAGGUCCAUGAAGUAGCAUCCUGGGUGCGCAUAAUUACCACAACGGGGUUUGGACAGUGUACCUUUGGGGUUAGGUUAAUGGACCAACUCUGGCCCCUGGUUUGAAGGUCCCAUAAUGUUACUGGUGUAUGUUGAAGUG